GGCGGAUGCGCUCUCUCCCUCUUACGCUCAUCUAGCUUUGCGGCUUGUCUCAUAAACAUGCCUCCCUCUUGGGACUCUGGCCUACGCCUGCUUGCUCGUGCAUUUAACGAUACCGACACGCCUGGCGACGACAAUCCGACUCUCCCUCCGGGCUCGCCACCGACCCUCAAGUUUGAGGGGCCAUGGUUUGUCACCCAGAUCACGCUUUCAAUCACUAUCGGGCUCGUGUCCUUUCUUGUCUUUUCCUACUGCCGCACAAGAUGGCCGCUUCUCUUCGCGCCGCGGACGAAGCUCAAGGGUUUCUCCCCGCACGAGGCUCAUGCUCACCAGGCCCAGGCGUUCUUCGGCUGGAUCAUACCUACAAUCAGAAUCUCCGAGUUCACUGUGCUUCAGAUAGUUGGCCUCGAUGCUGCAGUCCUCCUAGGCUUUUUGAAGAUGUCAUUCUGGCUCUUCGCGAGCUGCUCAGUGUUCGCCAUUGCUAUCCUCAUGCCUAUCAACCUAAAGAACAACAUUGACAUUGGAGAUGGCCGAGAGGACGCGGGAGGUGGCUGGUUCGCAUUCAUCUCUUCUUUGGACCCUCCACCGAUAGGGACCCCAUCUGCCGGCGACAACUGGUGGGACCUGCUCAGCGAUGCUAAUUCCUACCUUUCCGUUCACCUGCUCUUCACCUACGUUUUCACAAUCCUUGCCCUGCGCGCCAUCUACAAGAACUUCAAACGGUUCAUACGCUCUCGCCAGCUAUUCUCCUUGGAGCUCGUACACUCUGUACCUGCGCGGACGGUCAUGGUCUCUCACUUGCCGCCGCAUCUCCAGACUGAGCCCGCGUUGGCGGAAUACUUCGAACAGAUGGACCUGCGAGUCGAGAGCGUCAAUGUCUCUCGGGAAGUUGGUUCACUGAGGAGGCUACUGGACCUGCGCACUGACGCGCUCUUGAAGCUUGAGUCUGCCUGGGUUGACUACCUCGGAAACCCCAGCCAGAUUGCCCCGACUACCACUGCGAACCAUCCGCUGGUGGACACAGAUACCGCCUCAAUAGAAAGCCAGCCGGAGCAGCUCGUGCUCCCCAACCGGAAAAGGCCGACCGUCCGGCCAGGGUGGUUCACGCGCAAAGUGGACGCGCUAGAAUACUACGAGCAGAAGUUCCGCGAGGCAGACGAGCUCGUGAAGAAGCGGCGGCGCAGCGGGCGUUUCAAGGCGUCCCACGUCGCUUUCGUCACCUUCGAGAAGAUGUCCAGCGCACAAGUCGCCGCACAAGCCGUGCACGCGCCGCACCCGACGCAGUGCCUCACGCACCUCGCGCCGGAGCCGCGCGACAUCGUGUGGUCGAGCAUCUCGCACCCGCCCGCGGGCGCACUCGUGCGCGAGUGGCUCACGAUGGGCGCGAUGGUCGUGCUGCAGUUCUUCUGGUUCAUCCCGAUCACGGCGCUCGCGGGUCUGCUCAGUUACUCGGAGAUCAAGAAGACGAUGCCGUGGCUCGCGCAGAUGAUCGAGCGCAACGAGCACCUCGCGGCGAUCGUGCAGAACUCGCUGCCGUCGGUGGGCGUUAUCACGCUGAAUGCGACGCUGCCGUUCUUGCUCGAAGCGUUGACGCUCAUUCAGGGCCUCCCUGCGAGGAGCUGGAUUGAAUUCUCGAUCAUGAAGAAAUACUUCCUCUUCCUGCUCGUCAACGUCGUCUUCAUCUUCCUUGUGGCCAGUACUUACUGGCAGCUGGUACGGGACCUCGCGAGUUCUCCAGCCAAGGGUAUAGAGAAGUUAGCAGAUGCACUAGCGGCAGGUAAAGCAAGGCACUUCUUCGUGUCCUAUGUAAUUCUUCAAGGUAUUGGCUUGAUGCCGCUGCAGCUGCUCAAUCUCGGGAUUCUCAUUCCAAGAAUGUUCUACCGCCUCUUCAUCACUCGGACGCCACGCGACUUCGCCGAGCUCAACGCACCACCUAUGAUCAACUACGGCAUCGUAUACCCGCAAGCAAUCCUCAUCUUCGUCAUAACUCUGCUGUACAGUGUCAUUCAGCCGCUCAUUCUCGUAUUCGGCGCGGUGUAUUUUGGCGUCGCCUACGUCGUGUACAAGUACAAGCUCCUCUUCGUCUUCUACAAGCCGUACGAGUCGCAGGGCCAAGCAUGGCCGAUCACGUUCGUGCGGCUCAUCUGGGGCGUGCUCAUCUUCAUCGUCUUCAUGAUCGGGCUGUUCAUCCUGAAGAAGUCGUUCAUCCUCGCGUCGCUGCUUGCCCCGCUGCUCGGCGGCACGCUCCUGUGGUGGUACUACACGGACAAGCAGUUCCGUCCGCUGAGCAAGUACGUGAGCUUGAGCUCGGUGCACGAGGUUGAGCGUGGAGAGGAGAGUGCGGAUGUGAUGCGGCUCAGGGAAGGCCACCCGGUGACGUGGUCGCAGAGCAAUUUGAACCGGCGUCGGUAUGCACAAAACGACGAGACUUUGUACGUCGCGCCCGAAGACGAGCGCACAGACUACUCUCAACCACCAAUGGCGAACUGGUAUAGCGGAGUGCUCAAUACCGGAAAGCGGAGAUACGGUCACCCCGCCAUCACCGGCGUGCUCCCCGUCCCAUGGCUGCCCAUUAAGCAAGGCCAGAGCCUGAACAGACAUCGCGACACAGGCGACGAUGGCACGCCCGCAGUCGUGCUUACACUUCGCAAGAAGUACAGCGUACACCGCGAGACCCUGCGGCAGCCAAGCCAGGCGAGCAACGACAGCAGCUCGAGCGCGGAGCAGGCGCUAUCCCCCGGCGGCGAGCACGUCGCGCCCUCAGAUCGCUCCGUGCUGGGCAACCCAUGGGAGGACGCACCGCCGCGUCCCCGCCCCCGCCCACACGGGCACCGGCAAACGGGUAGCACGCAGGUACGGCACCGGCUGAGCUUCGACGCGGCGUCUGGGGUGAUCAUGCUGCCCGAGGACGAGGACUGGAUGGAGGAGGACGCGGGGGACAGCGACUCGGACGACUACGGGGACCUGCAGAACUCGACGCUCUCGGAGGUGGGCCCGCGCGACAGCCCGGGCGUUGAGGGCGGGUACCAGGCGACGGCGGGCUCGCCGGGCCAUGGGAAGCGGUACAGCACGUACUACCACCAUCCGGAGCGGAGGAGACAGCCGCCAGCGUCGUCUCCGCCUCAGUAGUGUAUACCCAUUUGGCUCGGAGGUGUUGUUACCUAUGGAUCUAUUAGUUCGACACACGGUAUACCUGUCUACAUUAACGACCUCAUACUUGCUGCAUUGUACCACGCUUUUCACGAAGAUUUGUUAUAAAUUUCCAGUUUCU